AUGCCAUCCGAAGAAACAAAGGAGCGCAUCAUUAAGGCCGUUGAGCUUGGCAAGACCGUCGUCCACUACGGAUGGAUACCCUUCAUCAUCUACGUCGGGUACACACGGAGUAACCCCCAGCCGUCUUUGAUCAAGCUGAUUAGUCCUUUGGCAUGA